GUUCAUGUCACUUUCCAAAUCUAGUCAGGGCUACCCCUCUAAGUAGUUAAUUACCGUGCUUUCAUUGUUCCCUUUUUGAACUCACCCCAAACCUUAUUUAAGCCGCCCUGAAUUCCGCCUUUCCUAAUCAGUCUUCGCCUUCUUCACUCAACAGUGGCAAUAUCGAUGUUCAACCCAGACAACAACAAGCUAUACUGGCGACAACGAGGGCAAUCACGGCAAUAUCCCACUGCAAGACCUUUAGCUGCCCAAUAUUUACGGUCGUACGAAUGCCAAUUGGAAUAGAUCUGCCGUUUCAUUCAGCAGAGGAUACCAAUUCCGUCAAGCGCCUUCUGCUCACGAGUUGACAACAACAACAGAUUAGAACGUCGCAGCCCCGACCACUUCUACGGGCUGGCAACAACAGCAGCCUGUUUUUUGGUCGUUGAUUGAUUCAGGGCGAGGGAACGUAUCAAUUCCUAGCUCUGCACCGCCGCAGCAACUUUCCGGCGCAAGCCAAUCCCCAACCACACAGGUAGGGUAGGGUAGACCAGACUCCCUGCUGCGUAUAACCCACAUUUACCAGCACAGCGCGAACUUAGACCGGAUUUAGGCAGGACAAUAACGGAAAAGCAGGCCCAGGGACAUAUACUCCCCUACGUACCCGUGGACGGCAACCUGUACUAUCUACCCGUAGCCCCCCUGCGCGUAUACGGUGAAUUGGGGAUAAUCUAGGUUUAGCAGCGAUUAAAUACUCCUACACGCCCCAACCAAUUAAGUGCAUUAAUCUUGUUUGGUACUUGGACGGUGUGUCAGUUUUGCUACUGUGGGGAAACAGAUAGCACAACAUUCGAUGCUGUGGAUGGGCCAUUGAAUAGUGUACAAUUUAUUUAUUUUCCCCACAGCCCAGGCCUUGCUUGGAGGCGCUGCCUUUGUCUUCUCAUUAUCUUUGCCUAUGGUAUCGUCAGCCUCGAGCUUUACAGACCUAGAUUAGAAAGUCACUGACGGGAGGGACCCCUCUUGGUCAGGUUGGUAGCCUCUACUUGUGCUAGGUUUCUUGUUGAGAUGACAUUUACAUCUUGUCAGCUCUAUCCUCAGCAAUUGCCAUGCUGUUGCUGAUACGCAAGCUCUCAGAUUUCCACACUGACAAGCAAACAAGCGAAUUGUCCAAAGAUCCAUAUUAUCUACAAACCACAUAGCAUCCUGAGUAUCGUCACCAUGGUGUCGUUGCCCCAACCCCCCAAUCCAUCCGUCUCUGCAGCAUCUUCUUCAACUCCUCCCACCGUUAACCCCUCCCUAACUACCAACAACCCCAUCGAUGCCAAUCAGACACCUCCCCCUCCGUCCUCAAAUAUGAACAAUGACCCUUCAACUCAAAAUGGUCGGGCGAAGAGAAACAAACGCGACAGUCGGAAGAAGCGCGAAGCAAAAGGCAACCUGGAAGUGGGAGUAGACGGUUCCGCCCCCGUGGCUCGCGAAAAGAAAUCCACCACUUCAUCAUCUAGUUCUGCUAUUCCUUCCUCUGAGCUUACCACGCUCAUGCCCAUUCAGCUUGCGGAUCCGCGGCCAACAGAUGUUCUACCUCCCAGACCACGCCAGAUGAACUUCUCCUGUGAAAAACAUUCUGAGGUACUAGGCCAGUCAUGGAAGUUUUAUGAGAUUGCUGAUAAACUAAGCAACAGAAACGGAUUCCGCUACACCUAUGCUGCCAUGGACCCUUCCUUCCCACACAUAAAAUACCGCCAAACCGAUGUACCCCCUUACUACUCCCGCUUCAGCUAUGAAGACUCUCCCGCAGCCAUCUGCUUCACUGAAGACGGCUUAGCAGUCACCACAAACGAACCCUGGCACUCUGCGCGAGCUAACGUCUGCGCCCGUGAAGGCUCUUAUUACUACGAGGCACGCGUGAUCAGUGGCAUUGUAAAAGGCUCCCAGCAGACGCCGAGCGGUUCGCCGCGGGGUAACAUCCGACUUGGUUUUGCCCGUCGCGAGGCAGAUCUGGACGUUAAUGUUGGCGUAGACUGUUACGGCUAUGGCAUCCGUGACGUGAAUGGGGAAGUCGUCAACCGGAUGCGGUGCGAAUACUUUUUCCCAAAGGACGAAGCCAUAAACGAAGGUGACGUGAUUGGUAUGCUCAUCACGCUGCCGCCUCUAUCGCUUCAUAGAAAGAUUGUGGAGGGUACCUAUGACCCGCCUAUCGAUGGCGAAGGCAGCGACACAACCACACCCGCAGCCACCACCACAACCCCUCUCCCGCCCGCCUCCAAUUUAAUCCGCGACCGCAUCCCCUUCCACCUUAAAACCGACUUCCUUUACCAACAAUCGCACAUCUUCCCCUCCAAACACUUGCGCGACUACGCAUUCAACCUCAAAGACACACCCACCUACGGCGUCCCUUCCCCAACGAACACAGAAGACCCCUCCCUUCGCACCCUGCCAGGGUCAAGUAUCACAAUUUUCAAAAACGGCGUCAAAAUGGGCACCCCGUUCCACGAUCUAUUCGCGUUCCUCCCGCCCGCCUCACGCGCGACGCAGGCGAGUAAUAACCUCGGCGUCGGCAAGAGGGAGAACGCGGACGAUGGGAUGAUUGGAUAUUUCCCUAUUGUCAGCUGUCAUGGCGGCGGGGCGGUGGAGGCGCGGUUUGAAGGGCCGUGGUGGGUUGGACCGCCCUCCUCAACUGAAAUUGAAACCGAAACCGAAAUGGAUGGAAAUGGCAUUGCUCAGGGACCGGGACAGGGACAGGUUAUAAAGAGCUUCGGGGAGAGGUAUGAUGAACAGAUCGUCGAGGACGUGCUUGCCGAUAUCGUGGAUGAGAUUGAGGCGUUGUUUAUGGGGUGGGGCGGUGAUGGGACUACUGCUACGGCGCCGGCGGAGGCUGCUGCGGCAGCGACGGCGGUGGAUAUGGCUGUGAACAGUGCCGAUGGCGCUGGUGUUACUGAUAGUGCAGCCGCGGCUGCUGGGCUGCUUAUGGAUGAUGGUACGAGUGUGAGUCUUAGCGUUGGGACGCCACAGUAUGGGUCUGUUGCGGGCGAGACGGUGGUGUCUGAGGAUGUUGAGAUGUCGAUGUAAGUAGUAGGGUUAUAUUUUUGUAUGAUACCUAUGUAUAUACGUCUUCUUCAUGGUUUAUGGCGAUGAGUGGCGGAGGGAUGGAAGAUAUGAUGGAAAGAAAUAUUGGUUAAAAGCAUUUGCGUGUUUUGUAUGAUUACAAAGGUCGUCAUCAAUCUGCUAAAAAAAAGAGUACCCUACGUACUUCUAAUUAACCUCUAGUUAUUGGGGUAAUUUAACAUAUAUUUGCGGUAAAUGGAGUAAAAAUGAAGAAAAAGGACUUUAAAAAAUACAUAUCUACUCCUAUCCAUUGUACCCAUGGCUAUAUUAUAUACAAAACCGCUCUAUAGUCAUACAACUUCUCGCCGUACCUCGCAGUAGUAGGCAGGAAAACAUCAGAUAUCCACCUACAAUUAAUUACUCCACCUCCAUCCCCUCCAGCAUCUCCCCAACAUGCAACACCAUGUCAUCAUCCCCAAACUGCCCGAUGACCUGGAUACCCACAGACCCAAAAGCUUCAUCACCAUCACCAUUACCAUCGCCAUCGCUAUCCCUCAGCAACCCCCUCGCCUGCACCGGCACUGGCACCGGCACACUAAGCGCCGGCAACCCUGCCAAACUCGCCGGAACCGUAAAUACAUCAUUCAUAUACGUCUCCACGGCGCUCGCCCGCUUCAGAGACUCAAUCGACGGCGGCAGGGUAGGUGCGGUGGGCACGACGAGCACAUCGACGCCGGCACCCUCUUGCAAACAGCCCUCCCCGCCUUCAUCCACAGCAUCAGCUUUAGUGUUAGCCUUAAGCGGCAACAACGGAUUCCCCACCCGAAACACCCUCUCAAAAUCCCCCUGCACAAGCCUUCGCACCCGCUGCGCCUGCAGGAAAUAAUUAUCAAUCGCAUCCGCGCUGAGCGAAAACGCACCCAGCAACACGCGCCGCUGCACCUCGCUGCCAAAACCCUCCCCGCGCGUGCGCGCGUACAGAUAGCCUCCGGGCCCCGCGUUGUCGGGUGCGCUGGUGUCGCGCGUCCCGUAGCGCACGCCGUCGUACCGCGCCAGGUUCGAGGAGGCUUCGGCGGGCGCAAGCACGUAGUAGGCGGCCAGCGCUUGUUUGGUGGCAGGGAGCGAGACGGGGUGGAUUGAGUGGCCGAGCUGGUGGAGGUGAGUUAUGCUGAGCUGCCAGGCUGUGCGGACGGCGGGGGAGAGUUCGUGGAUGUUGUAUUCGGUUGGGAUGCCGAUACGGAAGCGUGGUAGGGAUGAGGGACGGGUUGUAAAGGCAGUGGUGAGGCGGGUGCGGGUUGUUGGGGGGAGGUUUGUGGGGUCGAGGGGGUCUGGGUGGUUUAUUGUUUCUGCGGUGCGUUCGUUAGGAGGAAUAUGAUGGUGGUUGGUUUUGAGUUGGGGAUAUUGGGGGGGGUUGGACAUACUGAAGACUUCACGGAUAGUGGAGAUAUUUGACCCCAGCACACCAACGGUGUCUAGGGAAUUUGCAUAGGCUACCACACCAAAUCGCGAAACGAGGCCGUAGGAGGGUUUGAACCCGACAGUCCCUGUGUAUGCGGCGGGGAGCCGUACAGAACCUCCCGUAUCUGUUCCCAAUGCGCUGUAUGGGAUUAAUAGGGGAGAUGAUUUCUGCGAGAAAAGGACUAACAAAUCAAGAAACAUACGCAUAACAUUGACCCGUUGCAACAGCAAUAGCACUCCCCCCGGAGCUCCCGCCAGGGGAGAUUGGCUCCCUUUCAGCUUCUGUGACAUUGCUCACCGGCCCGAAAUGUGAAUUCAUGGAGUGUGACCUAUGUGUUUCAUUCAAUAGUCAGAUCAUCCAAAAUUCCUCCGCAUUUCCAAAUAGCAUAUCCCCCCUUAGCAAAAAAAAAAAAAAGCCCUCAAAGCUUACCCCAUUCCAAACUCAUCCAAGUUCGUUUUACCUGCC